GGGAAGCCAUGUUAAAGUUACAGUCAAGUACUGAGAGUGAGAUUCCCUCCUGACGCCGUAUGUUUAUUUUUUUCCAGUUUUUCUCUUUGCGUCCGUGUCAGGGCCCCCAGCAAAUCUAUCAUUGAUAGUCAGAGGCCGGAGUCCCCAAGAUGAACUCUAGUUUCGAUCUGUCCAGGCGAAAUCCGCAAGAGGAUUUCGAGCUUAUCCAGAGGAUAGGCAGCGGGACCUACGGGGAUGUUUACAAGGCCCGUAAUGUCACUACAGGAGAGCUGGCUGCGAUCAAGGUCAUUAAACUGGAGCCAGGUGAGGACUUUGCAGUGGUUCAGCAGGAAAUAAUCAUGAUGAAAGACUGCAAGCACUCUAACAUUGUGGCCUAUUUCGGUAGUUACUUAAGGAGGGAUAAAUUAUGGAUAUGUAUGGAAUACUGUGGGGGAGGUUCACUGCAAGACAUAUAUCAUGUUACUGGGCCACUAACAGAAUCACAGAUAGCAUAUGUAACAAGAGAAACCCUUCAGGGUUUAUUUUACCUACACAGCAAAGGAAAGAUGCACAGAGACAUAAAGGGCGCCAAUAUUUUAUUUACAGACAAUGGCUACGUCAAGCUAGCUGAUUUUGGUGUGUCUGCACAGAUCACAGCAACACUAGCUAAAAGAAAAUCCUUCAUCGGGACUCCUUAUUGGAUGGCCCCAGAGGUGGCCGCCGUGGAGAGGAAAGGAGGAUACAAUCACCUGUGUGACAUCUGGGCUGUGGGCAUCACCGCCAUUGAACUAGCCGAACUGCAACCUCCCAUGUUUGACCUUCAUCCAAUGAGGGCUCUGUUUCUGAUGACGAAAAGCAACUUUCAACCCCCCAAAUUAAAAGACAAAGUUAAAUGGACCAAUAAUUUCCACAAUUUUGUGAAGCUGGCUUUAACGAAAAAUCCAAAGAAACGGCCACCAGCUGACAAGUUAUUGCAGCAUCCCUUUGUGUCCCAGCCAUUAAGUCGAAUUUUGGCGAUUGAGCUGCUGGAUAAAGCGAACAACCCCGAUCACUCGUCCUACACGGACCUGGAUGAUGACGACCCAGAGCCGGAGCCUGCAGUGUCUGUUCCACAUCGGAUUCGCUCAGCAAGCCGUGCCAGUCGGGAAGGGAAGACUCUGUCAGAGAUUAACUUCGGUCAGGUGAAGUUUGACCCUCCUAUAACAACAGAGACAAAACCACAUCAUGAACCGCCCGACACUGAUGAUUUUUUGGACUGUGCCGAAGAAAUAUACUACACUGCAAGAUCUAAUCUGGAUUUACAGAUGGAUUAUGGGCAGGAAUCCCCUAAAGGCUCCAUCCUGGGAGGAAAUAAAAGCCUCUUGAAAUCUGUUGAAGAGGAGCUGCAUCAGAGGGGGCAUGAGGCUCAUUUGGAGGAUGAUGAUGAUGGUGAUGAUCUUGAUGAUGAAUUGCAACACACGAAAAGCUCCACUAUGAGGCCUAAGGUCCCACCACCGCUUCCUCCCAAACCAAAGCCCAGUCCCGGACCGCAUCAAAGCCCCUCCGGUGAUCAUGACGGUAACCAGGACACUAUAAAGCGCUGCCCGGAGCCCGAAAGCCCUGCUCGAUCAUCCACCAACAUACCCCCUCGACCUCCACCUCCUCGACUGCCCGCAAACCAGCUCAAUAGUUUAGGUAAUGAGACCAAUCGGGAAGAACAUGGCCCGUGGGAAACCAAGGGGGAAGCUGGGAUAUGUAGUCUGUUCGACGAGAGACUGCAGGUCUUGUUUGAUGAAGAGGAAGAUCGUGAUGAGGAAGGAGACCGCAAUGGAAUGAGCCCGUCUGAACACUCGCCCUCAACAGAGAGACAGUCCACAAUGCCCCCUGCUGUUCCUGUAACAAAGGACAAGAAAGAUUUCCCAAAACCCAUCAGCAAUGGUCUCCCACCAACCCCAAAGGUUCAUAUGGGAGCAUGUUUCUCAAAAGUCUUCAAUGGCUGCCCAUUAAAAAUACACUGUGCUACCUCAUGGAUCAACCCAGGCACACGAGACCAGUAUCUGAUAUUUGGAGCAGAGGAAGGUAUUUACACAUUAAACCUUAAUGAGCUGCACGAGACGUCCAUGGAACAGCUUUUCCCCAGGAGAUGUACUUGGCUGUAUGUCAUGAGCAACAGCCUGCUAUCAAUAUCCGGAAAAGCAUGUCAUCUGUACUCUCACAGUCUGAUGGGCCUAUUUGAACAUGCUCGACAAAUGCAGAAACUCCCUGUUGCCAUACCCACACAUAAAUUACCUGACAAAAUAAUCCCCAGGAAAUUCUCAGUAUCCACUAAGAUCCCUGAAACAAGAGGGUGUCAGAAGUGCUGUGUUGUGAGAAAUCCGUAUACUGGUCACAAGUAUCUGUGCGGUGCCUUUCAGUCCAGUGUUGUCCUGUUUGAGUGGGUGGAAUCCAUGCAGAAAUUCAUGUUGGUCAAGAGCAUAGACUUCCCCCUGCCGUGUCCGCUGGAGGUGUUUGAGAUGCUGGUGGUCCCAGAACAUCAGUAUCCUCUCAUCUGCAUAGCUGUGAGCAAAGGGACGGAGCUCAACCAGGUGGUGCAUUUCGAGACCCUCAACCCAAACUCUACCUCCAACUGGUUUGAUUCUGAUACCCCACAGAGCUGCGUGAUCCAUGUGACCCAACUGGAGAGAGAUACCAUUUUAGUCUGCUUAGAUCGGUGCAUUAAGAUUGUAAAUUUGCAAGGUCGGUUGAAGUCCAGUCGAAAACUCUCAGCAGAACUGACUUUUAACUUCCAGAUUGAAUCAAUAGUUUGCCUUCAAGACAGUGUGUUGGCCUUCUGGAGGCAUGGCAUGCAAGGACGCAGCUUCAAGUCCAAUGAGAUUACACAGGAGAUUUCUGACAGCUCCAGGAUAUUCAGGCUGCUAGGUUCAGACAGAGUGGUGGUUUUGGAAAGCCGACCAACAGACAACCCCACAGCACACAGCAAUCUCUACAUCCUCGCAGGCCACGAAAACAGCUACUGACCGCAGUACAACACUACAUGUUUUCCAAGAGCCUUUCAUUUCAUGUAGCCCGAUGAGAUGGCCACGUCUCAGAAGAACCACAGAUAUGCUGUUGUUGAACUGCUGGAAGCACAGAGGAACACUUGAAUGACUAUAAAGAUCUCAGAGUAGAGAGAAGACGGGCCGUAACCACAUGAUAUACUACACUACUACAGUAUGCACUUUCACCCUUACCUGUUUUAGAGGCCUUGUUUUGGUUUGGCUUCUAGCAGUUUUAAUUUAUCUUUUACCUGAAAAACACACAAACACAUGCUCUUUUUUUCCCCAAGAUAGACUGUUUUGUUUUGUUUUGUUUUGUCUUGUCUUGUCUUGUCUUGUCUUGUC